CUCCAAAUGUCCCAUUAAUCCUUCCAAAUGAUAGCGAGGAAGCUAUACGAUUUAACGCAUCAAUUAAUCUUAAUAAAAAAUUGUUUAGCUCUAAUUAUUCUGCGCCUGUUACAAAAUUACUUGAAUGCGCCCGAAAAUGCUUUCGAAUCAAUGGACACGACCCUGAUCUUAUGGAUACUAUUCCAGAGAAAUUAAAAACUUUAAAUAUUAAAAAGAUCCAAGUAGUAGAAAUGCAGCUUCCUCUUUCACAUCGUAAAGUAACUUCAGGUGAUCAGGAUACACAAGAUUUUCUGCUUAGAACAGUAGAGGCCUACAGAGUAAUAUUGAACGCUUCAGAAGGAUUUAGUAACGAAGAAUAUGAUGAAUUAAAAAGAAAAAUUGCUAUAGAGGGAGAAACUAUGGAUAUGAGUAUAAAAAGGGUGAGAAUUUUUGGACAGAAACAAGAAACUAUGGAAGAAAUUAUGGACAUGGGUGUAGUAACGGCAGGAAGUUUUGGACAGAAGGAAAAAAUUAUGGAAAAAACUAUGGAUAUGGAUAUAAUAACAACAUGA